GGGACCGAGUCAAGGCAGACUCGACCCCAUCCAACUCAGUAUUCCCCUCUUCCAGUCGCACAAUCAACUCAACUAACUCAUACACCAAUUUUCUCCUACACGAACAUCAAUUUUGUUUCAUUCUUCAUAAUUCAUCUCAAAUCAACUUCAACUUCACUCAUUUCACCUCAAAAUUCACACCGUUAGAUACACACAAGCAUCAGUUUCAUCAAAUAUCUUAAUUCAUACGGAGAAAUUGAAGCUUAAAGUUGCGAAAAUCAACGACUUUUGUUCGUCUUUUUUGAUUAAUAUCCGUUCAUCUGUCGUUUGGCGCGGUUUGAUGCAUAUGAGCUUCAGUUUCACCAAGUAUAUUGAUUCAUACGAAGGAGUUGAAGCAUAAAGUUGAGGAUCAGAGGAGUUUUGGUUUUUGUAUCUGUUCGGCUCGUGGGAAUUCUGCAAUGCACCGUGUGGGUAGCGCAGGCAAUACCUCCAAUUCAGUCCGACCUCGUAAGGAGAAAAGGCUGACAUAUCUUUUCAAUGAUGCUGAUGAUACAAAGCAUUGUGCAGGUGUGAACUGUUUAUCUGUCUUAAAGCCAUCAGAGCCAGAUAAUUGUAGUUACCUCUUCACUGGGAGUCGUGAUGGCACGUUGAAAAGAUGGGCACUGGGUGAAGAGGGUGCCACCUGUUCAACUACUUUUGAGUCUCAUGUUGACUGGGUCAAUGAUGCAGUCCUUGUAGGAGGCAAUACCCUUGUAUCCUGCUCCUCAGAUACUACUGUCAAGACUUGGGAUUGUUUUUCAGAUGGAACUUGCACAAGGACUUUCCGUCAGCACACAGAUUAUGUUACCUGUCUUGCUGCUGCAGAAAAUAAUAGCAAUAUUGUUGCUUCUGGUGGGCUGGGUGGUGAGGUAUUCAUUUGGGAUCUUGAAGCAGCCGUUGCUCCAUUCACAAAGACCAGUGAGGUUGCUGUUGGUGAUUCUUCAAACGGAAUUAAUGGUUCAGGACCCGUUACAAGCCUACGUUCAAUCAGCUCAAGCAACAGUAUUACAUCACACACAAAUCAGCCUCAAGGAUAUGUUCCGAUUUCUGCUAAAGGUCACAAAGAGUCUGUUUAUGCAUUAGCAAUGAACGAUAGUGGAACUCUUUUGGUGUCUGGUGGAACAGAGAAGGCUGUACGUGUCUGGGACUCAAGAACUGGUGCAAAGAUAAUGAAGCUUCGAGGGCAUACGGAUAAUAUUAGGGCUCUGCUACUCGACUCUACCAGGAGGUUCUGCCUGUCAGGUUCCUCUGAUUCUAUGAUCAGAUUGUGGGAUCUUGGGCAGCAGCGGUGCGUGCACUCUUAUGCUGUUCACACUGAUUCUGUUUGGGCUCUUGCUAGCACUUCGACAUUUAGUCACGUGUAUAGUGGUGGAAGAGAUCUUUCUUUGUACCUGACAGAUCUUUCUACAAGAGAGAGCGUAUUGCUUUGCACCGAGGAACAUCCUAUUCAGCAGUUAGCAUUACAUGAUGAUGGUAUAUGGGUUGCAACAACAGAUUCUUCUGUGCACAGGUGGCAUUCUGAAGGCCUAAAUCCUGAAAAAGUGUUUCAAAGAGGUGGUUCCUUUCUUGCCGGAAAUUUGUCUUUUUCAAGGGCUAGGGCUUCUUUAGAAGGAUCGACUCCUGUUCCGGUGUAUCGAGAAGCCACCUCUAGUAUUAAUGGAAUUCCAGGGAUAGUACAACAUGAAAUAUUGAACAAUAAGAGGCAUGUCUUGACCAAGGAUAAUGCUGGUUCUGUAAAACUUUGGGAGAUCACUAGAGGUGCUGUGAUUCAGGACUAUGGACAGGUUUCAUUUGAAAAGAAGAAGGAAGAACUGUUUGAGAUGGUCAGCAUUCCUUCAUGGUUCACUGCCGAUACCAGGCUAGGGAGCUUGUCUAUUCAUUUGGACACCCCACAGUGCUUUUCUGCAGAAAUGUAUUCUGCUGACCUCAGCAUCACUGAAAAAGCUGAGGAUGACAAGAUCAAUCUGGCUCGAGAAACCCUCAAAGGACUGUUGGUUCAUUGGUUGGCUAAGAAGAAACAUAAAUUUGGGUCUCAAACUUCAGCCAAUGGAGAAGUGGCAUCUGGCAGGAGUAUCACGGUUUCGAGAGGUGAGGUAGAUGGCAACGGUGAAAAUGAUUCCAAGGUGUAUCCACCAUUUGCAUUCUCAACUGUUUCACCUCCAUCAAUUAUUACCGAGGGGUCACAAAGUGGGCCAUGGAGGAAGAAAAUUACCGACCUUGAUGGAACAGAGGACGAGAAGGAGUUCCCGUGGUGGGUUUUAGAUUGUAUUUUGCAUAAUCGGCUCCCCCCGAGGGAACAUACCAAAUGCAGCUUCUAUUUACAUCCAUGUGAAGGUUCAGCUGCACAGAUCUUGACACAAGGGAAGCUGAGUGCACCUCGUAUUUUAAGAAUACACAAGGUUGUUAACUACGUAGUGGAGAAGAUGGUCCUAGACAAGCCAUUAGAUAGCUUGAGUAAUGAUGGAGCUUUUGGUCCUGGGUCGGUUGAUGGAUCUUUUAGAUCCGGAUUUAAGCCUUGGAAGCUGAAGCCUUCUAUAGAGAUCUUGUGCAAUAAUCAGGUCUUAUCACCCGACAUGAGUUUAGCAACUGUCCGAACAUAUAUAUGGAAAAAGCCCGAGGACCUCGUUCUCAACUACAGGAUUGUGUCGACAAGAUGAGUUUGUUCUACCCGUGAAUGCAACUACUUCGGCUAGGCUCGCCGGGUGUAAGCAAUCACGAGUGACUUUUCAGCUUUCAAAAUGUGUGCGGAGUCGUUAUCUUUCAACACGCGUGGUAGUCAUAUUGUAUCACGUCCAUGUAAAUCUAUAAUCGGUAUGGAAUAAUGGUAUUCUGACUAUUUCACCAGAGAGAUGUUGACUUCGGAGAAAGAAGUCAAAAUAGAAGAAAACCAUAAAUCUCUUGUAGGAACACUUUUCUGGUUGCUGUGUUAAUUUAUGAGAAACCAUAAAUUUUAGUAUGACCAAGGCAAUCAGGUGCUUGAAUAUACAAUUGUCACCAAACCAAUUAUUUACUUAUUUAUUUCAAAGGCAGUGUAUGUAAUAUAAAUAAUUUUGCAUCCCUCUAAACCAGAUAAGGUGAUCGUUUUUCUUACCA